AUGCGCUUCCUCUCCCCGAGAGCGAGACGCGUCUCGCCGACAAUUCUACGCCGCUACGCGACGAGCGCUCAGCCGCCGCUGAUCCGCAUCGACAAUGCCACCUUCUACCGCAACCACCCCGACUCGCACGUCGCCAGCGAUGAAUCACCGAACCCGCCACUGUAUCCCAACCUCAAUUUCGCCCUACCCUCCCACUCCGAGCCCAAUCAGCAUUGGGCAGUCCUGAGCUCGUCAUCGGCCAACCGCACCGCGUUCCUGCAGAUCCUGCGCGGCCAGUACCUCAGCCUGCCGCCCACCGCUCGCUCCUACCCGUACCUGCAGACGGCCGAGAUCGCCCAGAAGGACGCCCGCCUACGCAACCCCCACCAUGCGGUCCAGUACGUCGGCUUCGACGCCGAGCGCGGCGGCCUUCCCGGCGGCGCCAGCACCAAGGGUGCCUACAUGAGCGCGCGCUACGAGAGCAUGCGCGAGGUAACGGAUUGGAGCGUGCGCGACUACCUGCUGGGCAACACGGAGCUGAAUGCCGACGAGGCGCUGGCGUUGAAGCCGCCGGAGGAAAUGGUCGAGCAGGUGAUGCGCGACCUCAAUCUCGAGGCGCUGCAGGGCAUGCCCGUCAGCCACCUCAGCAACGGGCAGACGCGGCGCGCCCGCAUCGCGAAGGCCCUUCUGCAGCGCCCGGAGCUGCUGCUGCUGGACGGGCCCUUCAUGGGCCUCGACCCGCACUCGCUGCAGUACCUGUCCGGCCUGCUGCAGCGCCUCGCCGACGCCCAGCAGCCCCGCCUGCUGCUCUCGCUGCGGCCCCAGGACUUCAUCCCCGAGUGGAUCACCAAUUUCCUCGUCGUCGGCCACAAGCCCAAGGUUAGCGUCAUGGGCGACCGCUCCCAGAUCUUCGAGUUCCUGCGCGACCAUUACUUGAAGACGGACGAGACCGAUAUCGAGUUCCGCAACGCAUUUACACAGAUGGCCGAGAAGGAGAAUGGACUGGACAUAAAGUACACGGGGAAACAUCUUGUGGAUAUUCUGGAUAGAGACGAUACCGACGAGAUGUUGGCUCUCUACGAUAUUGCACGGAAGAUGGAAUCCAAAGGCGACUUUGACCAGUUUUCCAAAGAUCCGGAAAAGUGCGAGAAAAUGCGUAAGAACUUAAGACGACCGAAGCACACAUACCUGGAGGCCAUGACCAGAGACGGCAUCCCUUUCACUGACAAUGACGAGCCACCCCCACUGGGAGACCCGGUCGUGCAGAUGGAAGGUGUGAAAAUAAAGUAUAACGAUAGUUCGGGCAAAACCACCCUCCUUUCGCUCAUCACGUCCGACCAUCCGCAGACCUAUUCCGCACCGGUCAAGCUUUUCGGACGCUCUCGCCUGCCGACACCAGGCGAGCCCGGCAUUUCCAUCUUCGAGAUCCAAUCCAAAAUAGGUCAUUCCAGCCCCGAGGUGCACACGUACUUUCCCAAACACCUCACCGUCCGUCGGGUCCUCGAGUCAGCGUGGGCCGACACACCCAUCUCCAAGCCACGUCUCGGUUACUCGGAGGACGAGAAGGUGGACGCGUGCCUGCGGUGGUUCCGCGCCGAGCUGUGCCCGGAUCAAGACGACACGCUCGACCAGCGCGCCGAAGCGUACUACAGCGCGCGCAACUUUCCGACGAAGGACGACACAGCCGGGCGUUAUCUGGAAAUCACCGAGACGAGCCUCCGCGACGAGGAGGCGCUCCUCAACCCGUCGAUCGACUGGGCCGACAAGGUGCGCUUCGGCGAGCUGACGUUUAGCGCGCAGCGCGUCGCCCUUUUCCUGCGCGCCAUCAUCAAAUCGCCCGACCUCGUCGUCCUCGACGAGGCCUUCUCCGGUAUGGACGAGAUGGCCCGCGACAAGUGCAUGCUCUUCCUCAACCACGGCGAAACCAUGAUCCUGCGCCACGUCCACCGCGAGAAACCGCGGUUGCGCCGCCAGGGCGCCUCGGCCCACGAGUCGGCCAUGGAACGGCUCCGCCGCGUCCGCGUGCGCGGCCUCUCGCCGCAGCAGGCCCUCGUCGUCGUCGCCCACGCCCGCGACGAGGUCCCCAACUGCGUCCGCGAGUACAUCACCCUCCCCGAAUCCGGCACGGGCACGAAAAAGCCCCUCAUCGGCCGCAUCGACGGUCCGAUCUCGGUCGACUACCGCCGCUGGGGCGAGAUCUGGGGCAUGCCGCAGGUGUCCGGCCGCCCCAGAAAAGUCUCUGAGGAAGAGCAACUCGCCCGCGACGCCCUCUACGGGCCCGUCUCCCCGCUCGAGGUCUACAGCAAGAGCCUCAAUGUCUUGACCGGCGCCAUGGGCAUCCCUGGCUGCGCCAAGUCGGCCGUCACGCGCUGGGAGAAUGCGCGCAAGUUGAUGAACGAAGAGGAGCGCAAGGCGGAUGAUGAGCGCAUCAAGAAGCGGAAGGCGCCGAAGUUGAAGAUUGGGAGGCCGAGGGUGAGGGGGGUGAAGGGGGAGGGGGUGGAGGAGAGAGAAGAAGAAGUGGAGGGAAAGGCGGAUGAGGAGGAGGAGGUUGAGAAGGAGGUUGAGAAGGAGGAUAAGAAGAAGGCCGUGAAGAAGGCUAAGAAGACGAAAAAGACGGAUAAGAAGGAGGAAAACGCAGAGGAAAAGAAGUGA